UCUUCCGAGCGCAGUGCACGACGGUGGCCGAGAGGAAUCGGGGAGGCGGACGGUGGCCGACGAGGUCGGGCAUGGAGCGUCUGGAGUGCUGCGCGAGGCUCCUCCGGGGAACGCUGGUGCACGCGGCGGUGCGGCGCUACCUGCCCUGGGCGCUGGCGGCCGGCAUGCUGGCGGGCUCCCUCCUCAAGGAGCUCUCCCCGCUGCCCGAGACCUACCUCAGCAACAAGCGCAACGUCUUCAACGUGUAUUUUGUCAAACUGGCCUGGGCCUGGACCUUCUGUCUCCUCCUGCCUUUCAUUGCCCUCACCAACUACCACCUGACAGGCAAGGCCGGCCUGGUCCUGCGGCGGCUGAGUACCCUGCUGGUGGGCACGGCCAUCUGGUAUGUCUGCACAGCCCUCUUCUCUAACAUCGAACACUACACAGGCAGCUGCUACCAGUCGCCCUCCCUGGAGGGGGUCAGAAAGGAGCACCAGAAUAAGCAGCAGUGCCACGGGGGAGGAGGCUUUUGGCAUGGCUUUGACAUCUCAGGCCACUCCUUCCUGCUGACCUUCUGCGCCCUUAUGAUUGUGGAGGAGAUGGCCGUGCUGCACGAGGUGAAGACAGACCGGAGCCACUGCCUGCACACGGCCAUCACCAGCCUGGUGGUGGCCCUGGGCUGCCUGACCUUCAUCUGGGUGUGUAUGUUUCUGUGCACAGCCGUUUACUUCCACAACUUGAGCCAGAAGGUGUUCGGCACCCUGUUUGGUCUGCUGAGCUGGUAUGGGACCUAUGGAUUUUGGUAUCUGAAGGCUUUUUCCCCAGGACUACCUCCCCAGAGCUCUAGUUUCAAUUUGAAGCGAGACAGUUACAAGGAAUAAAAGAGAAACAAAAGGGGUGAUGGCAGGACAAUGGCUAAUGUAUUUUUUCAUUGUUUUUCUUAGCUAUUUAACUAAAUUAUUGACCGUACUUCAAAGAGGAAGCUUACCAGGAAGCUUUGGUGAGUGGUGGUGGAGUCUGGGGACUGAGUUUAAUCCCCACACUUCUUGUCACAAGCACCGCCAUUCCCAGUCGGGCACUUUUUGUCCCUGGCAAGGCUUGACCUUAAUCUGUAAUGUUCAUUUUGUCCCCGGAGGGCAGGGCUAAUGCUCAGUGAGAGUACAGAACUAGGAAAGCCUCUGUUGUGUGGCUGAAGGGAGGCCUGGGCCUCGGGACCCUUCUCUGCGGCCAUCAUUCUCUCCCUGAUCCUGGAGUCUGGUAUUGUUAAUGCUGUGGUUGAACAGUAUUACCCUCGGGUCAGUUUUGCAUAAGCGUUUAUUUCCAGCAGGGUUCUUUAUAAACCAGCCAAAUGCCUGAAAGACGCUCUCUGGUGGAGAUAUUUGCUUAUCCUCAGAAUGUUACAUAUUGCAACUGACUUGUGAUUAGCUACCAAAACAGUGACACUGGAGUGCCUCUCUGGCUGAGUGUUGCUGGAGUGCCUCUCUGGCUGAGUGUUGGAUAAUAUUUAUGUAAUGAACAUUGCUAGUUUUCUGUGUGUAUUGUCUAUUAUGUAUUGGUUUUUAGAGCAAUAAGGUUACCUUUUUUUCCUACAAUUUUGAGCAAAUGCUAUAUUGUUUUUAAUAACAACUAUGGCAUUUGUUUUUUGUUGACAAAACCCCCCAAAAUAACCCAGAACUUCAUUGCUGCCCUUUGGUACGUGUGUAGAUAGCUUUGAGGUUUGUUUGGGUUUUUUGAUUUUUAUUUUUUUUUAGAACACUGAUUUACUUUUUAUAAUCAAAACUCUUGGCUUAUAGUAUUAAAUUCCACCUCACUUCAGGGGUUGUUUUCUCUAUAAAGAAUAAAAUCCGAAAGCAGACGUUUUCAUGACAACUGAAUGAAUUUUAAGCUGAGUCAGAGUAAUUUUGCAAAAUACAUUCUUGGCACUGAAACUUUCCUGACCACGCAUCGGCGGUUAAUCUAAACAGCAUGUUAGUACAUCGAUCAGUCUGCUCUGGCCCAAGGGACUUUUACAUUUUGGAUGAGAUUUUGAUAAAUCAGAAGUGAAGGAAAAUGCUUCCAUUGCCUCUGAUGGCAAGAAGCCAACCCGUUUGCAAAAAUGUCCUUAUUAAAUAUCGGAGUGACUUUCGCCCCAUCCUCCUACUUGUACCAGCACCAGACCAACCCUGGGCCUGUUCAGCUGGCCUUGAAAUCCAUCUUUUCUUUCCCCAUUGCACACUGCCCGAUGUCUGACCUUGUCCUUCUGUGGCUUGUCACCUCCACCCACGAAGGUGCGGUUCCAGCUCUGUGACAGGACACCCUCCCACCCCCCAUGUCCCUGCAGGCUGCGUCCUGUACCUAGCCCCUUGCACUUUGUAUAAUCAUCCUGGAAGCUUCCUUGAUGUUCCUCCUCUCCCCCCAAGUUAAGCCUGAUAAUAGCAUUAACCGACAAGCACUACACUUGACUGCCUUAACUCAAGCUUAGAUUGUUAAGAGCUUGAGGCCCAGAAAAUCUUCAGGGUAAACUGUCUUUCCUAUAAAGUUGUAUUUAAAACCUGUAGCUGGUAUCCCAUCCGGCUGCAUGUUAAUUCGUAUCCAUGAAAAUGGGAGUUGUGACCCACUGUACCCAGAGGUGGCAGAAACACUGGCGCUGAGAUCCCAGAGGUGUCACCGGGCUGCUCUAGGAGCCUUGGCCAGAUGUCACAGGCCCUGUUAGAAAUUUUUUGCCCUUUGGAGUUUCCGUCUCUGAAUGGGGAGUGGAAGAGGCUGGUUGAAGGGGUUGGGUGGGCUCUCUCCUAAGUUUCGUGUUCAGCACCAAAAGGCAGCAGGCAUUAGGUGACUCCACAUGUUCAUUGGCCGCAUGUAAAUCUCCAGCUGUUUCUCUUUCGCGGUUGGAAUUCAGGCUCAGCAUUAAGUUAACUCUGUGCAAAGUGUCCAUGACUGACCCUCGUGUAUCGAGUGGUCGUUCACCACUUCCUGUUCGGUCUUAGCACCCUCGCCUUUCUCUUGGGGACAUGCCCUGUAUCCCCGAGUGAGAGUGCCUGGCGUAGCUGAGAGUGUGGGCUUCGGGAAACCCAAGAUGUGGGUUCCAGUGUUGGCACCGCCGCUUUGUGGCCACAUCUCGACCACGGAGGAGAUGAAACUAGGAGGAUUACGGGCAGGGAUGUAGGUAAAAUGCCCCGCACCUGUGCUCAGCAGAUGAUAAUCCCUUGUCUCCCUUUUUGCCCUGCAAGCCUUUAAACUUGUUGGCUCCUCGGGGAAGGCAGGGAAACAAGCAUCUACUUUUGAGUACCAUUUGGGGUCUGGGUCUCCCAUUGAAAUAGUCGUGCAUCAUCUUCUGGAAAGUGUCUGUUGUCUCCAGGUGCUGAACAGGAAGCUUUUAAGGGCAUCUGGGACCCCAGAACUCUGCCAUGCUUGCUUUGCCUCACUUGCUGAGGUUCAUUCACUGACGCCUCAUUUUCCACGUGCAUCUGUCGUCAUCUGAGCAGCAGAUUGUAUUUAGAGAAUGGCUUUUGCCACUGUUAUGCACACACAGAUCAUGUGUGUAAACAAGCAAAUUCAGUAAACUAGAGAUAAUGAAAUUCCA